AUGGGAGACGAUUUGGCAAAGGCACUGGACAGGCUGGCGGAGAUCCUCACCGCCAAGACUACAGAGGCUACGGCUGUGGCCAGGUCAGGAGAUGGGGCUCUACUUGCUGGAGUCUCACAGGCAGAGGGGGUGCAAAAGCUGGAACUGGCACCAAACGAGAUUAAACUGGAGGGUGUUAGCAAUUAUUUGAGCUGGUCUAGGAGAGGACGGCUGUUGCUGAAGACGAAAGCUUUGGAAGGAUAUGUUCUGGGAGAAGUUGUUGAACCUGUUGAGAAGCAAGGUGCCGAGUGGAAGAAAUGGAGCACUACUGAUUCAGGAAUACUUGCGUGGUUGCUCAGCUCUUUAACCCCGCCAGUUGCUGCAUCUGUUGAGGCACUGCCUACUGCAAAAGAGGUAUGGGAAGCUUUGUCUCAGAUGUAUUCUGGUAAGGGAAAUGUGAUGCUUGUUUCUCAACUUGAGGAUAGACUGCAUGAUCUCACUCAAGGUGAAAAGUCAGUGAUGACUUAUGUGGGGGAGCUGAAGCAGUUGUGGGCUGAUUUGGAUCAUCUUGAUCCUUUGGUGCUCACCCAUACUGAAUGUGUUGUGGCAGCAAAGAAAUGGAUUGAAGGCAAGCGAGUGCUCAAGUUUUUGAAGGGUCUGAAUCAAGACUUUGAGAAUAGGAGGGCGAAUCUGAUGCAUGAAACUCAGUUGCCUUCACUUGAAGCUGCUAUUGCCGCUAUUGCACAAGAGGAAACAAGACUGAAGUGCAAUGGAAAAGGGGAACUUACACAAAGGCCUGCCUAUCUUGUGUCUGAGACCAGAGAGUGCUUCAACUGUGGAGUAAGUGGCCACCUUGUCCAUCAAUGUACAGCUCCACCUCGCCGAGGCAGAGGAGGUUUCAGAGGCAGCAGGUAUGGCAGGGGAUACUAUAGAGGUGGUAGAGGCAGAAACGGAGGAAAUUACUACCACAACUCAGGCGGUCCACAAGGAGGGGCCAGAGCCAAUAUGACAUUUACAGAGGGAGGUAGAUCAGUAACUCAGAAUCAGGGAAGUGUUGAAGGGGAAGUGAAGAAAAAUGAACAGCAAGGAGAAACGAGCUUCGGGCAGUUUGCUCAUUUUGUCUACACCAAAGGAGAGGAUGACUGGAAGGAAGCUUGGGGACGGAAUCAGAUGUAGAGGGCUAUGGUACCUGGACCGAGAGAAGCCUAAGUUGCUAGGAUACUCAGUGGUGCUCGCAGCGGUCCAAGGUGAUAAAG